GGAACCUCUUUGCUGACUUAGGCUUGAACACAAUACCCAAAAUACAGCUAGCCACACUAUAUGCGUUCGAUGUCCUGGCGCACGUAUUUUGCGCGCUCCAGUGAUGUUCUCGACCCCGAGCUGGGAUAAUAUUGACAAUCCCACACACGUGAACAGAUUGGGGGCAAUUUAAUUCUCACCGACGACAUCAUGCUCGUCCCACCGUUCGCGAGGAGAGCGGUCGUGGGUUUAACCAGCCAUUAUGAGAUGACACCUUCCCGUGGACUCUUAUCCACCCUUCUGCUCUCUACUGAGAAAUGGACGGGAAGAAGUGCUAAUGAGCUUCGUCGGGAAGCCAAAGCCACAAGGCUCUCUCAAGGCAGGAACACGCGAGUCCUGGUCCGGAGAUUCGCUGAAUCGCUUUGCGCCGAGGUGCACACGCAACUGAAGCCCGGUGCUCUCGCCCCCGCCGCACGAAUGUUCGUAACGAGCGCACAAUCGGACCAAGGCGACACUUCCAGUAAAUUCACCCCUCGCCGACGCAAGGUGUUGGAAAUUAAGUUACCCGAGGAGCCAGAGGUUCCCGACGAAGGCCCCAUUAUUCCUUACUUGCCCGACAAUUUCUUGUCAAAAGAAAAAUGCUCGACACAGGCCCACCCCGAGCGUAGCACUCCUCGCGUAAUGACUGUGGCAUCUGCCUCAACUCAUCAUGAUGGAGGACCCUCUCACAACCUGCAUGAAGCUGGUGACGCCCAUCUUUUCGAAGUUGGCGAGCACGGACAGCAUGAAUAUGGGGCUUCGGAUACUCCUAGUCCUGGUCACGGCUCGAAUAAAACGCUUUUUAGCUUGGAUUCGUUGCCUGGAGAAAUAUUGGAAGUAUCUGGAAUCCCAAAAAUAUUACUUCCUUUUUUAAAAGUGAGUGAAUCAGAGGCUCAACCUGGCACGAGGAGGUCUUCCGAACUUGAUGGCGAGCAUCGCAAAGGACUAUUCGUCUUGGGUGGUAUUCUUGGGGGUGGUUGGCUCUUGAGCAAAUUAGUUUCUUAAGGGGACCGUGCAUUGUUAUCUUGUACUGAGAACAUUACAUAUAAUACGCAAUAUUCUUGACAUGUC